UUUCCUUCACCACUUACAGCCUUUCCAAUAGUUUCCUCUAGUGUAUUCAAAUAAUUUCAGGGUUUCUGGGGUAUUGAUUGAAAUACUUCGAGCAGAUGGAUCUAAAAGGAAAGAUGGUAAGGAAAAGUAGAGAUCAAGUCGGAUGGAGAUAAGUUCCUUGAGAACUACCGAUACAAUCCACAUCACUUCUCAAAUAUGUCACCUGGUAACAUUCGGAAUGUUGAAUUUCCUCAAGGUAAUUGGGGUACUGUAGGCUCUGUCAUCGUCUGGCAUUAUAAUCAAGAUGGGAAGGAGAAGACUGAUAAGGCGCAUCUUGAAGUAAUAGAUGAGGAAAACAAGUUAAUGACAUUAACGGCUGUUGAAGGGGAUCUCUUGCAGCAGUACAAGACAUAUAGAGUCACUAUGCAAGUGGACACAAAAGGGGAAAAUCACUCUGGGAUAUGGGCCUUAGAAUAUGAGAAGCUGAGUGAGGAUGUUGAAGAUCCUACCACAUUCAUGGAUAUGCUUGUUGGGGUCACCAAGGACAUAGAGGUCCACCAUCUCAACCAAUGUACUAACUAAUGGAUGGAUGUGUUCAUGAUCUAGUCCGGGGAUCAGUCGGGAUGUGAAGAAGUCUGGGACAUGCACUCUCGCAAAAAAGAAAAAGAGAAAUAAAUAAAGGGAAAUAAUAUUGGCACUCCAAAAAUAGAUGUAGACACUCUAAAAAAUAAAGGAAAAUGGCUUUGGAGUUGUACUAAUUUUGGAAUGCCUACAUCAAUUUUUGGAAUGCCAAUAUCAUUUCCCUAAAUAAAUGAAUCAUGAACUUAGUUUGCUUAAUGUGUAUGGAGUAAUGCUGGUAUAAUAACGAGUGGUUCUAUGUGUCUGUCAUGGGUGUGGUCAAAGUUGAACUUGUACCUAUGGCCAAAAUAUCUACUACUAAAUGUUGACUUGACACCACUAUGCAUAAAUAAAAAGGCAUAUGUUUGUGUAA